AUGAACACCACUUUCGAGGUCUUUCAGUUUCGUCAGGCAAAGCAACUCGAGGGCGAAUCUGUCGGCCAAUUCUCGAUAAGGCUUCGACUGCUUGCCCGCAAUUGCGGUUUCGCGAACGCCGACGAGGAAAUCAAGAACCAGAUCAUAUUUGCAACGACAUCUUCACGCCUACGACGAGUAGCCCUAAGGCAAGACCUUAACCUUCCAUCACUUUUGAAUCAGGCUCGACUCCUCGAGGAUGUCAACCGAGCAACGACUGCCAUGGAAGGGUCGUCAACAACCACCACGGUUCAAGCAAUCUCUGGACAGCCUCGCUACGGCCAUGCAGGCACGUCCAGAAAUGCCCAACAACCUCGCUGCUUCUCUUCCCGUCUGAAAUAUGGAGGCAGCGCACAACAACGCACCCACGUCUCGCCUCCCCAGUGUUUCCACUGUGGUGCUCCCUGGCCCCACGAGGGAGGACAAGUAAACUGCCCCGCCAAAUUUGCCUCUUGCAAAGCAUGUGGCAGAAAAGGACACUAUGGCAAGGUGUGCCAAUCAGCACACAAGCCUAUCUUCCAGAUUUCUCAUGAUUCUGACUCCGACGAGAGCGUUUAUGCUGUCGGAACUAUAUCACAAGUAUCGCACCAAAACCUCCCAGAGGUUCAUCUGCAGGUCAACAACACCCCUAUAACAUUUCUUAUUGACACAGGUGCUUCAGUAUCGGUCAUUGGAACCUCUACCCUUAACAAGCUUGGAGCACUCACAAAACUCCAACAAGCAGGCACGCGUAUUUACGCCUAUGGAUCGGAUGCUCCGCUACCAAUCAUAGGAAAGCUCAGUGUCACGCUGAAGUACAGGGACAGCGACACAACAGAAGACAUGUUCGUAAUAGAGGGAACCGUGAAGUCACUGCUGAGCUUCGCUGCUGCAAAUAGACUGGGCCUAAUCCAAAUUACUUACGCCAUCCAAGGACACUCACAAAAAGAUGCACGCUCGAAUGGAGAGGUGCCCCCAAAUUUGCUCGAGACCCCACUCGCUGCUUUUCCCGAGUUGUGUGCGGGUGUAGGCAAACUAAAAAACCUCCAAGUACACCUCCACAUUGACAAAGCCAUUGCCCCGGUUGCUCAGCCCCAUCGCAGAAUCCCUUUUGCAGUGCGAAGCAAAGUAGAAGAGAAGAUAAGCCAGCUCUUGGCCCUUGAUAUCAUCGAAGAAGCAACCGGACCUACUCCAUGGGUUUCACCAGUCGUAAUUGUGCCAAAGCCGCACAAUCCAGAGGACAUUCGCCUAUGCAUCGACAUGAAAUGUGCGAAUAGGGCCAUUCUUCGCGAGAGGCACGUCUGCCCUACCAUCGACGACGUGAUCACAGCGCUGAACGGAUCAACACUCUUCACGAAGCUUGAUCUAAAAGAUGGGUACCACCAACUAGAACUUGAUAAUGAAUCAAGAACAAUCACAACAUUUGCAACACACAACAAAUUGUACCGCUACAAACGACUUAUGUUUGGAAUUAACGCAGCUGCCGAGGUUUUCCAGGAAACCAUCCGUCAAGUACUCAACGGCAUACCUCACGUCCUCAACAUCAGUGAUGAUAUACUUGUGUUUGGCAAGACAAAGGAUGAGCAUGAUCAGGCUCUCCAGGCAACUCUCGAAAGGUUGACAGAGAACGGCCUCACAGUUAAUCCAAAAAAAUGUCUCUUCGCACAGAAAGAACUCUGUUUUUUCGGUCACAUUUUCUCUGCUUCUGGAAUCAGAACAGACCCCCAGAAAAUCGGAGCACUAAAAAAAAUGCCGGCCCCUGCCAACGCUCAUGAAGUUCGAAGUCUGCUUGGUACAGUGAUCGCUGCCCUCAGCAAUCCUGCCAGGUGGAACGACCCAGCACUCAGAGAGUUUAUAUCCGUACAGCACGAGCUCUCUCUGACGGACAGCGGCCUACUACUGAAAGGCAAUUGCCUCGUUCUACCGGCUGCUCUCCAGCAACAGGCGAUAUGUCUCGCUCACAUUGGGCACCAGGGCAUCUCCAAAACAAAAGCGCUCAUGAAGCGAAAAGUAUGGUUUCCCCACCUAGACAGCAUGGUACAAACUACUCUUAAAAACUACACUAACAACGUGCCACAGGAAUGGCAACACAAGGAUUACGAAAAUCGAAAGAAGCACAAGAUUUACGCAGAUGAACACAGACAUGCGAGAGCCCACAACUUCGAAGUCGGAGAUCGGGUACUGUGUAGACAGCCUCCGUCGAACAAGCUCACUCCCCCUUAUGACCCGCAGCCAUAUAAAGUGAUCGAAAUCAAAGGGACGAAGCUCAACAACACAUCGACGUGGGGGAGAGACGAGACUUGCAACCCAACGAAGCUCAAAGAUCCAGUGAAGGACCACGUCCGACUCCGGAAUUUGAACAACAGCUCGACGUGGAGGAGGACGAAAGAAACCAGCGAUUCCUUGAAGCCCCCGGCCCUGAUCUAUCAGGAACAGCACGACCGGUCCGUACAAGGUACCCUCCUACAAGACUCAGGGACUACGUCUGCUCCUGAAAAGCGUUUCGCUCUGUUCAUUUCUUUGCUCCUCGGGGGAAGUGAUGUAGUGAUGUAG